AUGUAUGAUGCAGAGUUGAAUGAGAAGAGAUAUAGAAAUGAGAAGCUAAUUGUGAUUGAACUUGCCAAUCUCAAGCAAAGGAAGAUUUUGGAGGAUCCUUGCUGUUGGCAAUGUGGGUGGCCUACUGAAUCAGUGAUACAUGUGCUAUGGGAGUGUCCAAAAGCCAAUAAAACAUGGAGGAAGAAUUUUUUUGAAUGGAAUUGGCUCUGGAGAAACAGAAACCUCAAUAGGUAUGGGGAGAAAUCUUUGGAGCCAGCAGAAGUGGCACACUUAGCGGCUGAAUGGAAGAAUGAGUUUGUGAAACUGGGAGUCCCGAACCAUGAUCUGAACGUAGCUGCUGCACGACAUCGGGUACAGUGGAAGCCUCAAUCACAGGGGCACAUCAAAUUGAACUUCGAUGAGGCUUGUGACACUAAGAAUGGUGUUUGUGGCCUGGGAGUAGUGUUCAGAGACUACCAAGGUGUAUUGAAAGGUGCUUUGGCAGUUCCACAGGUGGGUAAUCUUCCCCCAAGAUCCGUGGAAGCUUUAGCUUUACUACAUGGACUGAGGUUUGCUGAUCACGUUGGUUUUUCCAACAUUGAAGUCGAAGGUGAUGCCCUCUCAAUUAUCAAUGCCUUGCAAGAUAACUCAGAGAAUCUUAGUUCUGAAGGUCAUGUCAUUGACGAAGUUAAGUUUUUAUUUCAGUCGUUAUCUAUUUGUAGUAGCCAUUUUGUGAAUCGAGAACGCAACAUGGUUGCUCAUCGUUUGUCAAAGGAGGCUUUGAAAGUUAGUCAACCUAUUCUUUGUUUGGAGUUGGGGCCUAGUUGGCUCCAUCAGUAUGUCAGUAUAGAUUUCCAGUGUGAAGUCUAG